GUGUGAAACAGAAAUCUCACCAAGGGAAUACUGCCUCCCACCAAGGAAUCAGCAACCAACAAAGCCGCAACGCGAGAAGGUUGCAAUCCUUCACGACAAGCCGGUGUGGCCUCAGCCGUCGCGAAACCAUUUUCCGAGUUGGCAAGAAGUUUCUCCGUCCUGUCCGUGCGCCCGCCUCAUUGUGUUAUGACAGCCUGACUGCCCGGCAGCAACGGGCGCCAUGCUCAAGGACAAGCGCGCCGCGUUCCUGCGGCAGCAGGAGCGCGUGCAGGCGCGGACCGUCGUCGACCAUGCCGCCGCCACCGCCGCCCGACGCCAGACCACCCCUGCCGCUGCUGCCGCUGCUGCCGCUGCCUCAGCAAGCGCCGCUGCCGCAGGGGGCAGCGCGGCGGGCGACGUGGGGGGGAGCGCGAAGGGCAUGGCGGUGGGGUUCCAGGGGCUGCAGGCGGAGAACUGGCUGGCGGACGCGGGGAAGUACGAGCAGGUGCUGCGCGUGCGGCAGCUGCCGCUGGGGCAGAAGAUCAAGAAAGUCAUUGACCUGCUCUUCCGGGAACGGCAGGGGCUGACGGCAGAGCAGGUGGAGGCGGUGACGCUGGUGGACCUCACCACCAGCCGCGAGCUGCAGGCCAGCCUCAGGACCAACCCCAAGGUGGCGGUCGACGGCAACAAGUACAUCUACAAGGCGAAGCACGAUCUGGCAGGGCGCGACGACCUGCUGCGGCUGAUCCGCGAGCACAAGGACGGCAUCCCGCUGGGCGACGUGCGCGACUCGUACGGCGCCGUGCUGCAGCACGUGGCGGAGCUGCGGGCCGCGGGGCAGGCAUGGGUGCUGUUCAACAGCGACAGUGGCGACGAGGUGCUGUUCCCCAACGACCCGCGCAUCGCCAUCCGCGUGGACCCCGACAUCCGCGCGCUGUACCGCCGCAUCGACAUCCCGCGCGACCUCACGGACCUGGAGAAGGAGCUGCAGCGCUGCGGCCACCACCCCGCCAUGCCCGCCGUGCGCCGCCUGCAGGCGCUGGAAGGAGCCAUGACCGCCCAGACGCAGAAGCCCAAGGUGAAGCGCAAGAGGGAGUCGAAGCGCACCAAGUACACCAACAAUCAUCUGCCAGAGCUGUUCGCCAAUGCACCCAUGUAAUCACUCACUACAUCUUCCCAAGAAUUUUACCCACCCUUACAUUUUAGAGGUGUUUAAGUGCGUCCAAUCAGUAAGCAGCAAGGUUGGUGCGUAGUGCGACAACUAUCAGUUGUGUUUUGUGUGGUUCCGCAUCCAUCUGUAAAUAUUAGUGAGGGGAAAGUAUUUCAGCAGACGUGGGAGUUCAUCGACUUGUGAGCCUUUCUUUUUGUUAGGUAUUUAUGGCAUCAAUAUUGAUAUUUCACAAGUUGCUGUGAGAUCACCU